UCAGAAAGCAGCUCAGUUCUUAGUACUUCCGUUUCAGCAGUGACGGGCGGAAGUAACUGCGAGCACUUCCAUGCUCUGGAGUGGACGUGGCCCUGAGGAUUUCGUAUCAACCACUCAUGCAGCGCUGUCUCACCCUGACCCUUGCCCGGCACAGCAGGCUCCUCUUAAGAAAUAAUUUUGCAUUUGUCCACUGCCAGCAGUCAGCGGCUAUGUCAAGUCUCCUAAUCAACCAGCCCAAAUACGCAUGGCUGAAAGAGCUGGGUUUGUCUGAGGACAACCCGGGUGUUUUCAAUGGUAGCUGGGGAGGUAGUGGGGAGGUUAUCACAUCAUACUGCCCUGCCAACAACGAGCCGAUUGCCAGAGUUACCCAGGCUACUCUGGCGGAGUAUGAAGAAACUGUUCAGAAAACGAAGGAAGCUUGGAAGUUGUGGGCAGAUAUUCCUGCUCCUAAAAGAGGGGAGAUUGUGAGGCAGAUUGGGGAUGCAUUGAGAAAGAAGAUUAAAGUCCUUGGAAGCCUAGUCUCUCUGGAAAUGGGCAAGAUCUAUGUUGAGGGGGUGGGUGAAGUUCAGGAGUAUAUUGAUGUCUGUGAUUACGCAGUUGGUCUCUCUAGAAUGAUUGGUGGGCCCAUCCUGCCUUCAGAAAGACCAGGCCAUGCUCUCAUCGAACAGUGGAACCCAGUUGGUCUCGUCGGCAUCAUCACCGCCUUUAACUUUCCCGUGGCUGUCUACGGCUGGAACAAUGCCAUUGCUCUGACCUGUGGCAACGUCUGCCUCUGGAAAGGCGCUCCAACUACUCCUCUCACAAGUGUUGCAGUUACCAGGAUUGUGGCUGAAGUGCUCGAGCAGAACAGUCUUCCCGGCGCUAUCUGCUCAAUGACCUGCGGUGGAGCUGAUAUCGGCACAGCCAUGGCAAAGGAUGAGCGUGUAGAUCUGUUGUCCUUCACUGGCAGCACUCAUGUUGGCAAGAUGGUGGCCAUGAUGGUGCAAGAAAGGUUUGGUCACAAGCUGCUGGAGCUUGGUGGCAACAAUGCUAUCAUCGUGUUUGAAGAUGCUGACUUGAAUCUUGUGGUACCCUCUGCCGUGUUCGCUUCUGUCGGAACCGCUGGCCAGCGCUGCACCACAACCAGGAGGUUGAUGCUGCAUGAGAGUGUUCAUGACACAGUGGUUGAAAGGCUUGCCAAGGCCUAUAAACAAGUCCGCAUUGGAGACCCCUGGGACCCCAGCACCCUGUAUGGUCCUUUGCACACCAAGCAAGCUGUGGAGCAGUACCUGGCAGCCAUUGAGCAGGCCAAGCAGCAGGGUGGCACUGUGGUCUGUGGAGGAAAGGUGAUGGACCGUCCUGGAAAUUAUGUGGAGCCCACCAUCAUUACAGGACUGCCUCAUGAUGCGCCUAUUGUCCACACUGAAACCUUUGUUCCCAUCCUCUAUGUCCUCAAGUUCAAGACAGAAGAGGAGGCGUUUGCCUGGAACAAUGAGGUCAAGCAGGGUCUGUCCAGCAGCAUCUUUACCAAAGAUAUGGGCCGGGUUUUCCGUUGGCUGGGACCCAAAGGAUCUGAUUGUGGCAUUGUAAAUGUCAACAUUCCCACAAGCGGAGCAGAGAUUGGAGGAGCCUUUGGUGGGGAGAAACAUACAGGAGGUGGAAGAGAGUCAGGCAGUGACUCGUGAAGCAGUAUAUGAGGGCGUUCACAUGCACAAUAAACUACAGCAAGGAUCUCCCUCUGGCCCAGGGAAUCAAGUUUGAGUGAAGCCAGGCGGUAGGUGUUUAAGCUUCGGUGAGCCCAAAGGACAGCACUAAAUAGUUUCAGUAGGAAAGUGCUGCUGAAGAAAUGCAAGGCAUUACAUUUAGGAAAUGUCAGCUUCUGUUUAAUAAGACUGAAUAAUUUUGGAUCUUUCUCAGUCAUGUAUCAAAACUGUAUCUAUGGAUGUAGUUUGAAAGUAUCCUGGAUUUAACAGUUUCAGUGGUUUUGUAUAAAGGUUACAAUUUGUUUCCUCAAAUGUGCCUUUUCUACAACCAUUUAAAAAUUGAGUUUGAUUGCUAGAUUACUGUAAUUGUUAAGCUAUGUUGUAUAAAAAAAAUCUACAGACAAAAUGAUAAAUGUGUAGAUCAUAGCUUUUCAUCACAGACCUAACAGUUCAUGAUUCAGAGAAAUGUUGCAUACAAAAUACUGGCUGUUUUGCACCCUGUUAUAGCAUUAAUAUACUGUAAUUUGUAUCUGACAGUGCACUCUGAAAUGAGUAAGGAGACUUUCCAGGGACUCAAAUAACAAUAAAAGGCAAUGUGUUGACA